AUAAAUUGGAUGAAUAUUAUAAAAUUAUAAAGAAUGCUUCCGAUAAAAAAGAAUCCUUUCAUUACUAUAUAGAGAAUGAAGCUAUUUAUAUGAAAAAGUUUGUUAAGGUUGACUAUAAAAACACUUACUGUUUUGAUCAUAUGUAUGAGGGAAUAAUUUGUCAUCAAAAAUGUGGAUUAGAAUAUGAUAAUCAAGAUCAAGAUACAAAUGAUCAAGAUACAAAUGAUCUUCGAAAAUGCAUCUGUAUAGUGGUGGAUGGUGAACAUCGUAAUGUAUGCAGUUGUGGGCCUGAAAGACAUUUUCAGUCGAAUGAAGAACUGAAAUAUGAACUAGCCA